GCUGAACUCCUCCACGAAGCUUGGCACGUGUUUUGGGGGAGAGAGGCUUUGGGGUACCUGGGCUGCAGAAGACUACGCGUUGGUAGUGGUUCUGGCUGCUUGGUUCUGGCUGAGCGGCCUGAUGGUCAAGCAGCUGAGCACCACCGUUUGGGUCAUGUUUGGCCAACUUGCCGCAACGACUGCAAUAUUCAUCAAGGAUCCGCUCUCUGCUGAUGAGCACAACUUCGGCGUUCGUCUUGGGCCAUCCUUGAUGCUGUUGAUCAUCGCAUGGAUGGCGUCUCUUAUGAGGAGGACCGCUGAAGUAUAUGAGGACGAAAGAAAAAUGGGUGUCGUCGACGCGCGGAAAGUUGUUGUCGGGCAGGAGGACUGGGCGGCUGCCGCCAGUGCGCAGACGAAUGAGAUCGACUCGAUGUCUGACAAGUUUUGGCAUGGUGUUUGCAUGUCGAGUGAUCCCCUUUCAGCAGACGAUCUCCCAUCUGGCAGCCCGUGGCUAGUUUGCGGCUACGACAAGGAGGAUGAACUGCAUCACUUGCAUAAGGAGGAGGAGGAAGAGGAGCAAAGCUCCGGUUCAGGCAUGGACACGCAGAUGCUGGUGAUUUCCCUCGCCUAUGCAGCGACUGAUACAUUGAAGACACUCCUGAACUCCUAUGCGCUCUCAAGCUCACAGAUCAACGUGAACUCCAUGUCCUUCCUGUCUUUCCUCGUAGGACUUAUCUUCGCUUCACUGAUGACCUGGCAUGCACAUGGACUGGGCUGCUCACGGCAAUCGGACGAGGAGAGUGCCGUGGAGAAGCCUCAAAAGGGACUCCUGCAAGCCUGGAAUUUCCGAAAAAUCUUGGAAUAUUCGGGCUCGUCGGUCUUACAAGCGGCGACCAUGUGCCUCAGAGACUUCGCUGGAAUUUUCUGCAACAUGGCCUUUGCCUUCGGUCUUUCCCCGGCAAUGUCUGCAGUGCUGGGCAAGGUGUACACCCCUGUUCUGGCUGUUGGGGAGCGGCUGAUCCUGAAGAAGCGCAGGAAGACGAUUGAAUGGUUUGCCGUUACCAUCCUGACGCUCGGCACCUUCGCGUUCCUCUAUCUCCAGAUUUACGACUACGAGGAGGGAUUGGCGAAGGCAAUGUCCAACUCCUUCCCGCUCAUUUUGUGCAUUCUCGGUGCUUGCACUGCUGCAAUCCAGGCGUUAGUGUCGCAGGGCAUCUACGAAGCCAAUCGGGAUGUGGACUUCUACAUGAACAAAGUUCGCUUUGAUGCUGGGAGUGCAGCUUUCAUUCUUGUUGCCGUGCCGCUUUUAAGCCUCACGGCCAGUCGCGGCAAGGACCUUCUGUGGUUGCCACGAGCUGUGAAUGCCGACUGCGACGUGAGCCAGUGCUGGCCAAAGGUUCCAUCUCUGGCGAAGGGGGGCUCGAUACAUUGGCCUUGGUCAAUGGAGGAGAGCAUGAUGACCUGCACGCCAGAGGCUUGCACAGGCAGCUGCGCCUGUCAAACCGGCCUCUUUGCCGGAUGGGGCCUGCAGCCGGAGCUGUACUUGUUUUUGGGAGUGACUGCCAUCAUAUUGAAUGAUGGAAUGAAGCUGCAGGAGACCGCUCCGGAACCGCAAUUGCAGCACCGGCUGGAGCGGCUCUACCAAGAAAUGGUGAGCAUUGAGCACGAGAUGGUGUCAAGUCUUGCCCGCACUUCUGCGGGCGACGAAGUGAAGCACAAGAUCAACAACAUGCAGCUUCGAAUGAAAAGCGUCAUUAGGCAUGAGCUGAACUCUUUGUUUGAUUCGACCCCCGAGCCAGCAGAAAUCGCACGAGACACUGGCUGUUGCGUGCUUCAAGCAACCUCAAGUCAUGGGCGAGACGUAGAUGGACACAACGACGACUACCGCCUAGAAAACCACAUUGACAUGGUAUCGGACAAGGUGAGAGUCGCGGCUUUUAGGUCUGCAAUCUCCCGUUGUGCGAAAGGGAAGUCUGUGCUGGAUGUUGGCACGGGGGCCUUCUGUUUGCUAGCUCGCAUGGCUCUGUGCUCUGGUGCUUCGCAUGUGGAUGCGGUGGAGGUGAAUGCCAAGGCCGUCAAUCAUGCCGCCAUGUUGUUGCGCCGUGAGGUCACGAUGAGGAAUCAGAGUCAGAAUCUGACAGAGGGCUUGCAGCUAGAUGAAGAGCUCUCCACCUCCUUCCCGGACAUACCACCCUUGGCCGAGCCCGAUGCAUCGGUCAAAUCCUUGGAAGCCGAGACAACAAGGCAGCUUGACGGAGCCCCUACCGAACCCUGUUACACAGUUUUGGUGCGAAGCCCUUCUGUCUCCUCUCGUCUGCGCUUGUAUUCGGGCUCUUUGCAGAGCCUGCACUUGCAGGGUCCUUACAAUCUCAUCGUGCAUGAGCUGCUUGGCCACAUCGCCAGCUCAGAGGGGGUGGCUGAGACCCUUCAAACUUUGCGACGCCGUGAUCUCUGCACGAAGCACUGCGCCUUCAUUCCGAGUUCUGCAGGUACGCUUUUCGCACCGACCAGCAAACUGAAAGCAAGUUCUCUGGAGAAAGUGCUUCACUGCUUCUUUAAUGCUGAAACCAGAAUCCAAGCACAAACGAAAUACCACGCAAGGGGUUUUGAUGCCGCCAGGCUGAUGGCAAGGCCGCGGUUCUUUGAGUUUUUGGAGUUUUCGGUUGAAGGCUUGGCAAAGCUGGAGAAUACCUCUCGGAGUCGAGUGGUCUUCAUAACCGACAAGGAGGGCGACUUCGAUGGCCUUCACUUCCAUUUGCAUGUGCAGCUGGACGAGCUCACCGAGAUUGACACCUUGUCUUCUGCAACAACUUGGUCCACGACCUAUGUGAAGUUGUUGGAGCACGCCGUGUGGCUCCCGGAAGGUGCCCGCAUAGCUUGCGAGUGUGAGUCGGGGGAGUCGGGGUCUGGAAUGCGGCGCUACUCGGUAGAUGUGUUCGUGGGGGAACCGUGGGAUGAACGGCCGGCACACCAGUACCGCCAGCAGCAGAUGUACGACGGCUCGUGGAACGUGACGGAUGCACAGACAGAGUGCGUGAGCAGGGGCGAAAGAAUGAGUCACGGAUCGGUUUUCGGAUCUUUGUUGGGUCUGCUGGGAAUCCUGGUCGGCAUCAUCUAUGACAAGUAUGGAUCGCUUCACCGCGCCAAGUGCGACGCAUUUGGACUGCUGCUGGUCUACUGGGUUGGCAACCCUUUGCUCAACUACUUGACGGAGGGCACGAGCUUCCACGUGAGUCUGCGGGACGAGUGCUUGGACAUUGUGUCCUUCAUCGUACCUCUGGCAGCUUUGUCCACGGACAUAGGGAAGAUCAUGACAUCGGAAAUGCUGCAGAAGGUGUCUGCAUUCCGUAUGGGCCUUUUUGCCGGCCUGCUAUCACGCGUUCGUGGCCGGGAGGUCGUCGUGAUGUUCAGUGAUCCAGGUGGCGCCCAGGAGGAAGAGUUCCAAGAAGUUAUAGAGCUUCUGGAUCAGCGCGCUGCUGAUAUCCGAAAGAAGGGUGCGCUUGUCCGUGUGGUGGAUGACAGAGAUAUUCCUGAUCACUGGCUGGGGAAACUAAGAAUACUCUUCAACUCCAAUGUUGGCAAAGUGCAGCAGAGAGCGUACAAAAGCUUGCGCGACCUUCUGAGCGACGACAGGAUCGAGUCUGCGCCAACUAGGGUCGCCAUUGGCGUCAAUUCUUGGAGCCGAAACUACCACAUGGUCGCACUAUGCAGGCACGGCGUCAGUGCCAGCACAGCUGGCCUGAGCCAAAGCUCCGUGAGAAGCCUGGGAAUUCAGGAGAUCAAAGAUUGCAAGGAGGCUUUUGCGAAAGCCGCCAGCAUGCAUGAAAAGCUGAUGAAAGUCACCAAGGACCCUGUGCACCGGCAUCACCAAACAUCCCUCGAAGCCCUGAGGCCGAGCAUGCUGAAUUCUGACACAUGA